AUGUCUCUCUUCGUUCUUGCAGAGACGCCUGCAGGCUAUGGCCUGUUGAAGGCGAGCGACAAGAAGAUGCUCAAGAAUGCCGAUCUUGCGGCUGAGCUGGGAAAGCCAGAGCGCUUGAUUGAGAUGCUGAAGCUCAAGAAGUUCGUCAAGUUCGACAGUGCCGCCAUGGCUCUUGAAGAAGCCGCCGCCGUUAGCCAGGGUCAAAUCCCUCCUCUGUUGACCUCGCUCUUGGAAGAUCUGCAGGCUGAGAAGAAGGCUUCCUUGGCCGUUGCCGAUUUGAAGCUGGGCACGGCCAUUUCCAACCUGCCUGGCCUCAAUGUCACUCCUGUGGCUGGCUCCGACACAAUGGACCUUUUCCGUGCCGUUCGCGAACACGUUUCGUCCCUUAUUCCUGGUCUCGACCAAGACGUCCUUGACCGCAUGACCCUUGGUCUUUCGCACUCAAUGUCCCGACACAAGCUCAAGUUCUCGGCCGACAAGGUUGAUUCGAUGAUUAUCCAGGCCAUCAAGAUGCUCGACGAUAUUGAUAAGGAGCUCAACGUGUACGCUAUGAGAACAAAGGAAUGGUACGGAUGGCACUUCCCCGAGAUGGCCAAGACCCUCAAUGACAACUUGGCCUAUGCUCGUGUCGUUCGAUCCGUCGGCAUGCGAGACAACUUCAAGGAUGCCGACCUUUCUGAUAUCCUUCCCGAGGAUGUCGAGGCCUCUUUGAAGGCGUCUGCUGAACUUUCUAUGGGUGUGGAGAUCACUGAGGAUGAUUUGAAGAACGCCGUUGAGCUCGCGGACCAGGUUAUUAAGUUUACCGAGUACCGAGCUCAGCUCACAUCUUACCUGGAAAGCCGAAUGCGCGCCAUUGCUCCCAACCUGACUGCUCUUGUUGGCUACCUCGUUGGCGCCAGACUCAUCUCUCACGCCGGUUCCGUCCUCAGCCUGGCCAAGGCCCCCGGUUCCACCAUCCAGAUUCUCGGUGCCGAGAAGGCUCUCUUCCGAGCUCUCAAGACGAAGAAGGAUACCCCCAAGUACGGUAUCAUGUACCACUCUUCCCUCGUCGGCCAGGCCACUGGCAAGAACAAGGGUAAGAUUGCCCGUAUGCUGUCUGCCAAGGUUGCCCUCGGUCUCCGUGUGGACGCCCUCGGCGAUGACGAGGAGGAGGACGAUGAGCAGCGUGCUGCCCUUGGUCUCACCAACCGAAUCAAGCUUGAGAACUACCUCCGCAGACUCGAAGGCAAGGCUGCCCUGCCCAAGGGCACCAACGUCACUCCUUCUGGAGAAAUUGUUUCUGCUGGACAGUUCAGCCUGAAGGAGACUGGCCGAUAUGCUGUUGAUGCCGACGGUGUGGUCGACCAUGACAUGGCCGACGCAGAUGCCGAGCUCGCCCCCAAGAGCAAGAAGUCCAAGAAGCCCAGAAUCGAGGUCGUAGAGGAGAAGGACGUCGAUAUGGAAGACGCCCCUGAAGACUCCGAUGACGACUCCGAUGAGGCCUCAGUCAAGAAGCUCUCAGAAAAGGAGUACGAGCGCCUGGCCGAUCUCUCUGGCAUCUCCGUCAAGAAGUUCAAGCGAAAGUACGAGCGCGGUGACAUCCAGCUCGGCAAAGAUGGCAACCCCCAAGUCCUCAGCAAGAAGGAGCUCAAGAAGCUGCGCAAGGCUGAGAACGACGAGGAGCCCGCUGAACCUUCACCAGAGAAGAAGAAGAAGCGAAAGGCCGAAGACGGUGAGACUGAGUCCAAGAAGGACAAGAAGUCCAAGAAGAAGCGUGAAUCUCUCGGUGCUUAGAGUGCUUCGAAGAAACGCCGACUCAAUUGAACAAUAUGCAUAUGUGUGCAUACAUACAAACAUACAUUUACAUAUAUGUACAACAUCACUAGAGAAGCGGCAACAUCUAUCGAAGACAUAUGGGACAAAAAAUCUAAGACAACGAAAAAAAAAAAUCUAGAGAGGGAAAGCAUUACAAAAAAAAAGCGCAAUAAUUUCUUCCGCUAUCUCUGCGAAGUAGGUCACCACACAAAAGGGUUAAGGACCCGCAUCGGCUUGGAUGGGCUCAUGAUACCGAUGAGGUGGUCAUGUAGAUAUGUGAUACCUGAGAUUUCUUUUUUUAUGAGAGGCUUCCGGGCUAUCUGUCACUGUUAAUAUGGCUGGCGUUGGGGGAGGGAAACAAAUCUUUUCUGGCACAGGCGUGGUUUGGUCUUUGUUUGCUACAACUGUCUGUUGUUUAAAUUUCUUUUAUUUUCUUUUUAUUUAAACUAAGCUGUCGCCAUGGGCGUCUAGCAGAAGGGAGGAACCGAAAGAAAGGCAUGGAAGUGACAUUCAUUUCCAGGAACGUACUAUCUAGUUCUUCAAUCAAAAAAUAUUAUUGAUC